AUGGAUGCUUUGCGAGGGGUCCUGCAAGCAGCUAAGACUUCAGAUGAGGUGAACAAGUAUCUUGUGGAUACGCUUCGCUUAGCUUCACUGGAGGACUUAGUCUGUGUGGUGUCGGCUGCCACUUAUGAGACUGAGUUGAAGACUUUGGUCACUGAUCAGAUUGCGGCAGUCAAGGAUGUUCCGAUUGAGUUAGCCAGGCUUAGGGCAGCUUGGCGUAGAGCCAAGGCGGAACUUCUGAAGGUGGAGGACAAAGCCAGGCGUGGGACUACGCCAUCUGAGGAGCUCGACGAAACUUUGGAAUCCACCGUGCAGGAGGAUCUUAUGUCUCGCUUCGCCAGAUGCUAUGGCCACCAGGUCUCAGUGCAUAUGGCUCCUUCUGACACCGUUUUAGCGAGGGUAUACCGCGAGCUCACACGCAAUUUGCCUACAGUGAUCCCGCUGACGAAAGUGCGUAGCCUUUUCCAAUCGCACAAGCCAUCGGCGGAGAGGAAGAUUUCCCUUGGUGGCAAUGUUACAGUGAAAGUCGACGAACAAGAGUCGGCACCGCUGCGCAAUGUGUUCGAUUACUAUCAUGCGCUGAGGGUCCUUGGCAAUGCUUAUGCAAUCGCAGGUUCCACUGAGCUUCCCAGCCAAUCUGACCCGACCAAGGCCGUCAGGAUGUGUCCUUUCCAGGUCCAGUUGGACUAUGCCAAUUUCGUCCUUCGCAUGUCUAUGCAGUGGGAAGCUCCGUUAGGAUGGGUUAAGGUCAGGGAUGAAGCCACCCGGGGCCGAAUGGUAGAGCUCAUGCGUCAGGGCUGGAGCCAAGGAGAGUCGUUGGCUAGAGCCAUGUCCGAGCAGGAAAUCCAGUGGGCUGUCACGCCUCCUCCGGUGCCUCAGCCGAAGCGUGCAGCCUCCGAGGAUGGCUCAUCACCGGGUGCCCCUCCGAAGAAGAUGCUCCGCACUGGUUCGCACUGCCAAGGUAGAGAGAUCUGCAAGCGCAAGAACGAUCAGCGAGGGUGUUCCGACCCUUCUUGUGCUAAGGAGCAUAGGUGUGACGUUUUGGUCAAUGGUGAGGGGGGCCGCCUGGCCAUUUGCCAGGACCCGGGGCCAGGCGAGGCCACCCCGCUCGAUGAUCAUGAUUACGCGGCUGUGCCAGCUGCUUGGCGCACGGUCCGAGCUUGGGAGCCUGCCUCGGUUUUCGCCCCUAGGCCUGAUUGGGCCUACAGACCGUGGCUGCGCGAUAUGGGCCUCAAGUAUGUGGUCUACACUGGCGAUUCGCCUUUGCCACAGAUUCCCUGGAAGCUUCCAUGGGAGGGUCCAAUCCUUGUGAUUUCGCUGUUUGAUGGGAUUGGGGCUUUGCUGGUUGCCCUGAUGUGUAUGGGGGCUGUCUUCUCGGCCAUAGCUGUUGAGGCAGACUCUUCAUUGACGCAAGCUGUGAGCAUGUGUUUUGGAAAUGUUUUCUUCCAGCAUGACGCUGAGCACUUUGAUACCUCUGUGCUCCGUUCGUUGCUGCAUGAAGGGGGCUACACAGCAAUUUUGGUCGCAGGGGGAUCGCCUUGCCAGGAUGUUAGCCAGCUGAAUCGAGAUCGAGCCGGUCUGAGUAGCCGUCGUACUCAGCUCUACCAGUGCAUUCCGCGGGUUGCCAAGUUGUGCCAGGAGCUUGUUGCCGAGCUCAGCUUGGAUAUUCCUGUGUUGCAGCUUCUUGAGAAUGUGGCCAAUACACCGCGAUCCUUUCAGGCUGCCGUUUCGCGCGAAAUGCAUGGGCCACCGCUGCAUGUUCAUGCUGGUAGUUUUGGUUGGUGUCGUAGGUCUAGGUGCUUCUGGGGUUGUGUCGGGGAUAGAGCACUUGCUGCUUUGUCUGAGCCUCGCUUGUCGCACGGGGUGUCAUGGGCGAGCCGUGGUGACUCGAAGCAUCUGGUGUGGGCCGGCAAGAAGCCGUUGCCUGCAAAAGUUCACUUCCAGGAUGCCUUUGCUCCGACCUUUGUGCCUGCUGAAGUCAUUGCCAGUGGAGUUGAUGCUUCCCCUUUCCCAACCUUCACGCAAGAGUUUCCUCACCAGAUUGAUUCAGAUGCACGGGCUAGCCAGGCAGCUGUGUCACGCUUCAAGCAGGAUCAGGGCCGAUUUCCGGUCCACACGUAUGAAAGUCAUGCGCUCCUGUGGAAAGGAGAUCAGUGGCGUCAGCCAACAGCGAGUGAGAAAGCUGCCAUGAUGUGUAUCCCGUCCUCGCUUCUAUCAGCUCUUGCUUUCUGCUUGGAGGCGAAACCCGAGGUUGCUGAGCGUCGUAAGGCUUCUGCAGUGGGCAAUUCAUUUCAUGUGCCGUCGAUUAUGCUGGCUCUGAUUCUUUUGUUCCAGCUGGUGCCGCAAGCGUGUGCUAUCCCUACUGUGCGUUAUUGUGCUAUGGAGGAGCGGCUACGCCAUCAGUGCCAGGGCACAGUUUGGCAGCCGGGGCUUGUUGAUUCAUUCCCGGGAUUGUUAUCGGCUUCGGAUGUUUCUUUGCGCUUGACUGAGCUGUUUGCGGAUGUAGAUGUGGAGUUGCCCGCUAUGCCAAUCACACCCGAUGUUGAGCGGGCACUCAAGCGUCUGCAGGUUUACACUGUGGAUCGGAUCCUCAGAGACCUGCCGAUCAGCGAGAUGGGCCCUGAGUGGGCACAGCAGAAAGCAGCCGGGGAGUCAGCAGCAGCUUUGGGGAUCCAGAAGGGUGCCAAAUUGCACCGUCAUGCGAUUGCCGCUUUGAUUCCAGAGUCCAUUGGCAAAAAUACGCAUGCGGUACUUAGUACAUCCUUGCAAUCUCCUUUUCAGACUUCGUCGGUGCUUGACGAUGAUGCUCGCUUCUCAGUGCGUGCCAUGGUAGCCCUAGGCCCGUUCAUUCGAACAUGGAGACGUAAGCAGCUCAGAGCCUUGCUUUGUCUUGAUAAAGCGCUGGAUAAACUCAACAAGACCCUAGUCGCAGCGAUGCACCCGUCGGUGUCUGCAGUUGCCUCCGAUAAGAAGCCAGCCACUAUGGCAGCCCUUGCAGUUAUGCUUCGAUGGCCGGAUGUUACUUUAGGGCUUCGGUUCGUUCGGGGGUUUGGUCUUCUGGGGUUCAUUGAAUCUCCUUCUCUUUUUCGUGAGAUUGUGCCAACCUUUCCCCCGGUGGUUGGGUUGCCGGCUCUCACGGGGGAGCAUGCCCAGCUUAUGUGUGCGAAGUUGCAUGCGAAUCUGCCCCAAGCUGAGUUCGCGCGCGAGGUCAAACAAUUUGUCCUGCAGGAGAUUAGUGAGGGUAUCGCCGAAGGUCCAUUCACUGAGGCUGAGCUUCAUGCUCGUUUUGGCCGCUUUCAAUGGGCCCCGAUGCGGCGAUUUAUGCAUCAGCAAUCUUGCGGCAAGCUUAGGCCGAUAGACGACGGCCGGAGCGGCGGCCAUAAUGCUUGUGCCGUAGCGACCGAAACAAUCUUUACGAGUUCACCGGACUUCGUCAGUGCAGCACUAAAAUUCUUCAUUGAGCUCCUGGCGCGGACUGGUGAUGACUCGCUGGAUUGGGCUCAGCCUGUCUUUGGUUCUGAGGACAUGUCUUCUGCUUACAGACAGCUGCCUAAUAUCCCAUGCGAGGCUGCGGGAUUGGUCCUGGCCUAUUGGGAUCCGGACCUUGACGAGGUUCGUUACGCGAUCCUCAGGGCACACCCUUUUGGUUUAGCUAGUGCUGUGGUAAACUUUAAUAGGGUUCCUUGCUUGGGUACAGCCUGCCUGCGCCGCAUGACGGGUGCGUGUGUGACUCACUUCUUUGACGAUUCCGGCAUCUUGGAUUUAACAUCCGCGCAUGGCUCAGCACAGGAAUGCGUGAAUGCCGUUUACCAGAGCAUGGGAGUGAGGUUGGACAUCCUGAAGCAGCAGCCUAUGGCCACCCAGAGGCUCUUCCUCGGUGUGCUUUUGAAUCUCUCCAGGGCUUUGUCGGAUAGGACCAUUUUGGUUGACAUUAAGCCUGGUUUGCGCGAGACAAUUUUCGCGGAUGUCCAGAGAAUGAUAGAUGCAGGCUCUUGCACUCCCAGUGAAGCGUCUAAGUUGAGGGGACGGAUGGUGUGGGCUGCUUCGGCCAUGUUCGGCCGGUGUGGCCGGGGUGGCCAAGGACCGCUGUGUGACAGGCAGUACGAUGUUGGCCGUUGCGAGCUGGAUGAGCCGCUCCUUGCAGCAUUACGCUACAUCCAAGCCUUAGUUAAGGUAGUCCCUCCUAGGCUUGUCCCGCUGCACUCUGUUCCCGUUUCCCCGGUUGUGGUUUAUACAGAUGCCAGUUUUGAGCCGGCAGAGAUGUCUAGUCCCGGAUUGGGUUCCGUCAUCUUUGUCAGGGAUGAACCGACUCAAGGCCGCGCCUCUUGGGUCCCAGCACAGGUGCUUGACAGUUUUGCUGACAGGGCUACGCAGAUCGCUCCUCUGGAAGCGAUGGCUGUGGUUUUGGCGACGCUCCAGUUUCGCCGAAAGCUGGCAGGUGCGGAGAUUAUUUGGUUUAUAGAUAAUCAAAGCGUGUGCGCUAGCCUUGUACGUGGAGCCAGCUCCGUUGACGAUAUGUCAACUCUGGUUGCAGUGACUCAUCUUUUGUGGGCCACUCUUGGAGCUCGCGUCUGGAUUGAGUGGGUGGACAGCGAGUCCAAUCCUUGGCAUGAAUUCCGAGAGUUGUCGCUCCUUCAGUUGUCGGAUGCCUUGUUACGUUGGGCAGAUGAUACAUUGGGGUGA